AAGCUAUCUUAGUCAACCACUAGUCAACACUUUUAACUUUAACUAUGAAGCAGAAUGAUGUGCCUACUGUAAAGUUAAUGAGCAAAGAAGGCCACAUAUUCGAUGUAGAUAUUGAUGCCGUAAAAUGUUCGACAGUCAUCGCAAGUCAUGUGGACACAAACGGAGUUAACGAAGUAGUACCGUUGACCAAAGUUUCUUCUCUGGUUUUGGGAUUGAUAACCGAGUACAUUACGUAUCACAAAUUCAUUCCAGUACUUACAGAAAAUGACGAUAAUGGAAGGACGAAAUCAGAUAACAUUUCAGAUUGGGACAGACAAUUUAUGGAAAUCGACGAUUCCACUGUAUUUGAUAUGUUGUUGGCCGCACACUAUUUAGAACUUGACGAUCUGGAGAAUUUGUGCUGCAAAACCAUUGCGAACAUUAUGCAGGGAUUAACACCUGGGGAAAUUUGUCAGAGAUUCAAUAUCAAAAACGAUUUCCCUCCUUUUGAGCAAGAACCAAAGGUUACAAAGGACAAUUUAAAGAGUGAAUUUUGAGUUUAUUAAUUAAACGUGUUAAAAAUUUUGCAGUGU